GGUAUGAAGUAAUCAUAACAGGUAGUCAGGUAAAUAAAAACACCUCUCUGACACAGAGCUGUAUCUCACACAGGUGGUUAUUCUUCAGUCUUCACAACAGACAAAGACAACGAGACAGUCAAGAUGAAGUUGCUGCUUGUUGUUUCUGCUGUUCUGGCUGUAUCCAGCUGUGCCAGCAUCUCUCUGGAAGAUCUGGAGUUUCACGCCUGGAAGCUCAAGUUUGGAAAAUCCUAUGAUUCUCCAUCAGAGGAGAGUCACCGUAAGCAGAUCUGGCUCACCAACCGCAAACUUGUGCUAAUGCACAACAUCUUAGCUGAUCAGGGCUUCAAAUCCUACCGGCUUGGUAUGACCUACUUUGCUGACAUGGAAAAUGAAGAGUACAUAAAGCUGGUUUCCCGGGGCUGCCUCGGCUCCUUCAAUGCUUCUCUGCCACGCCGUGGUUCUACCUUCCUCCGGCUGCCUGAAGGUACUGAUCUGCCCGACACUGUUGACUGGAGGGAUAAGGGAUAUGUCACUGAAGUCAAGGAUCAGAAGAUGUGUGGCUCCUGCUGGGCCUUCAGCACAACUGGUGCACUGGAGGGUCAGCACUUCAGGAAGACAGGAAAACUGGUGUCUCUGAGUGAGCAGCAGCUGGUCGACUGCUCUCAGAGCUUUGGCACCCACGGUUGUAAUGGAGGCUGGAUGUACUAUGCCUUCCAGUACAUCAAAGCCAAUGGAGGAAUUGACACUGAGCAGUCCUACCCUUAUGAGGCUAAGGAUGGAUCAUGCCGUUACAACCCUACAAGUGUUGGAGCCACAUGCACUGGCUAUGCUUAUGUGGAAAAAUAUGAUGAAGAAGCCCUGAAGGAGGCUGUGGCCACCAUCGGACCGGUUUCUGUGGCCAUUAAUGUUCAAGAUUCCUUCCGGUUCUAUACAUCAGGAGUGUAUGAUGAACCUGGGUGCAGCAGCACAAUAUUGAACCAUGCUGUGCUGGUUGUGGGUUAUGGUACUGAGAAUGGACAUGACUACUGGCUGGUCAAGAACAGCUGGGGUCGUGGAUGGGGACAGAUGGGAUACAUUAAGAUGAGCAGGAACAAACUCAACCAGUGUGGGAUUGCUAGUGUAGCACUCUACCCUCUGGUCUGAAGUAGUGGAAACAAACUCACCUACAUUUGUUAUUCCAUUUGAACAAAAUGUACUCAUGUUAAUUUUAAACAUCUGCUUACUUAAACAUUUAAGAUGAAUCUAAAUAUAUGUGAACAUUUAAGAUUAAUUCAAUCCAGGUUAGUGCUAGUCUAGGAUUUUCCUCAAUGUGGUCAAAAUGUAUAAUUGUAUGUCUAAAAAGAAAAAAAAAGUUUUGUAUGGAAAUAUACUUUCUUCUGGUGUUUUAUGGAAUAACCUUUUAAUGACUACAAAUACAUGUAAAGAAAUGAAAUAUUUCAGACUGAGAUGUAAACAUUUACUUUUGUGUGUUUCACUUUGUUUCUAGUGUGUAGCUUAAUAAGUAAAUCAGUCCACUGUGAGGACAGAUUUUAUGUUUCCAAGAGAAUAAAGAUGACUGACUGGGCACAUGUCAAAGGUCAGUCAUGACAGGAUUUCUAUUUUUCUUUGUCAUUUGGAGAGAUGAUUAUGACAGUGUUCACUAUUGGGUCACAUUAUAUAUAUCCAAUAAUUUACUUUAAUUAAAAUAAACAUUAUAUAUACUUAUUAAUACGUUUUUGUCACUUUAUUACAUGUGCUAAGACUAUGGCUUAUAGGCAGGCUAAGGAAUUAUAGAUUAUUUCUGUUAGCACAUCAUAGCAUAGUUCGGCAAGCCUUGUUAAGCAACACUGUUUAUCCACAUGCCAUCUAACAAACUUUCUCUGGUUCCUCCAAACCACCUCAGAGCUCUACAAAAAUGAUUUGAUAGCAAAGAAGA